GUUGCACUUCGAAACAAAUUAGUUUAAUAGCAAUGGCAUUGCUUGUCAAUCUGUCCCGUCUUUUGGGAUUCAGAGUACUUACUUCUGCAAAACACCUGGGCUCGGAAUUUCUACCGAAACAAGCACCCUUGGUGCCAACUUUUUGGGACCAGCAGAUCAGGAAGUACAGGAAAUUGAGGAAUGUGCCAACAUCCUUACCAUGGGCCAACAAAUAUCCAGAGUACCAAUCUGAAGUUAUAGACCCAACUGAGGAAGAAGAGAAACAAGCUGUUGAAGUGUGUGCAGAAAUAAACAGGCAAAUAACAGAAGACAAGACUGGACGAUUGUUUGCUGUUAUACAUCUAGCUGGUAAACAGUACAAGGUCACAGAAAGUGAUCUUAUUGUUGUCAGAGGCUACUGGCCUCCGAAUCCUGGUGACAAAGUUACUUUGGAAAAGGUUUUGUUGCUAGGCAGUAAAGAUUUCACACUACUUGGGAGGCCAAUACUCAACAGAGAACUGGUUUCCAUUGACGCCACCGUUAUUGAUAAGACGUUUUCACACACUGUUACCCACUUCAGAUUUAGAAAACGGAAACAGUAUCGUAGAAUACACUUUGACAGAUUCCAACAAACAAUGCUGAGGAUAAAUACAAUAAAGAUUAAUGGAAAAGUCGAUCAAAAGUUAGAAUUUGAAGGUCUUGAUAGAAUUUAUUAGAAUCAAAUUAUUUUCUAGAAUUUGUAUUGGAAAUGAAUUUUUCACUGCUAAGUAAUAGUAUAUUAUGCUUCAAGGAGAUAAAAGUAAAAAAUAUGCUCUAUAUCACGUAAUUAUGCUGUCAUAGUUGAUACAGGAUGACAGUGGUGUUUGUACAGUUGCUUGUGCAGACAAGAAAUCAAUUUUUUCACCCUCAGGCUAACUAACGAAUUUUUAUAUGUACAUUACAUGUAUUGUA